UGUACACACAGCCAUUACAAACAUAACCUAAAAUUCAAAAUGUUGUGAAUUGAAUUAGAAUUUUUACUCGUAUUUUGUAACAUAAUGACGUUAAUAAAGACCGUUUCAUCGAAAGUGUUCCACGCUAUUCAAAACGUUGACAUCGACGAGCUGGCAAAAUGUACCGAACAGGAGAUACGACCGAUCCUACCGUGUCUCGUUCGGAUGAGCCUAAUCUCUCCCUUGGACACCUCAAAGAAAUGCUCACGCCAAAAGAUCGACAUCCUCACGAUAAUUUCCGGCAUCGAGUACGUCAAUUCCAUCGUCGCACUACUCUCAAUCGACUUUCACGCGCUCGAGUCGGACGUGCGCAAAGAACAGCAGCUGCGCCAGAAGAGCUGCACCACGCAGCACGAUUCCAUACUCAUAAGCAACCUGCCAAACGGUCUCGCCUUGGAGUACGAACGUUCGGACAUGACGAGACGUCUGCGACUCGUACUGAGCGAGCUGCUCUUCAUUCAGUCGCAGAUACAGGACCUCGGCGAUAACGUCAGCGAGCAGGAGUUCUACAUGAAGUCGUCCGAACUAUUCGACAACGACAUUUACAUCGAGGAGAUCUCGGACGUCGUCUGCAUCGCGCUCGCCGAACUGCCGAUGCUGCUGAACGUGCAGAGCAUGGCCGAGACGCUUCUGCACGUGCAUAACGGGCCCGCGAUCAUUUGCAGGGUGGUCGCGAACUUUCCGGAUUCGUUUCGUGAAGUGUGCACGAACUUGAUACAGAGAGGCGAGAAGCAGGAGGAGAACGCGCACAGCACGAUCCGUCUGAACGCGAUCGCGAUGUUGUGCCGGAUGAAUCCGUCGCAGGCGCUGUCCGUACGGAGCAAAUGCGUCGAGCUGUGUCGCAUGCCGGCGCUCGCCAUCACGCUCUCGUUGGAAAACGCGCAGAGCGCCGGUUCGGUGCAGGACAGCGAUAUGGUCGCGUUCGUCUCGGGACUGUUACUCGGAAAUGAUCAGAGUAUUCGGAAUUGGUUCGCGCUGUUCAUACGUACAGGUCACAAACGGAAGGGGGAGGUUUCCAGCACGUCCCUACAGCUGUUACGGGAACAUCUACUGACUCAGCUGCAGAAUAUCAUGCACGUCUGCAAAGAUGGCGAGUUGCCCGAUCAUUGGGUGGUCCAAGCGUCUGCAUUGCUACGUUUAUAUUGCGCCCUUCGGGGGAUUGCCGCUAUCAAGUUUCAGGAUGAGGAGGUCAGCUUAAUUGUGCAACUCCUCACAUCGCAUCCGAAUCCCACGCCUGCCGGCGUGCGAUUCGCAUCGUUGGGGCUAUGCAUGCUUAUCGCGUGUCCGUCUCUCGUCUCGCAGCCGGAACUUGAAAAGCGCAGCAUUGAUUGGGUACAGUGGCUCGUUCGCGAAGAGGCGUACUUCGAAUCGACAAGCGGCGUUUCCGCGUCCUUCGGCGAGAUGCUGCUGCUAAUGGCGAUUCACUUUCACAGCAAUCAGCUGAGCGCGAUCUGCGAUCUCGUAUGCGCAACGCUCGGUAUGCGAAUACCGAUUCGUCACAACAACAUGACGCGCAUGAAGCUCGUCUUUACGCAGGAGAUCUUCACCGAGCAGGUCGUGACUGCGCACGCGGUCAAGGUGCCGGUAACGGCGAAUCUCAACGCGAACAUGGCCGGCUUCCUGCCGGUCCACUGCAUACAUCAACUGCUCAAGUCGCGCGCGUUCGCCAAACACAACGUGAACAUCAAGAGCUGGAUCUAUCGGCAGAUUUGCGCGAGCACGUAUCCGCUGCAUCCCGUGCUGCCGUUGCUGGUCGAGGUCUACGUGAGCAGUAUUAUAUUGUCGAAUCCGCGCAACUUGGAGGUGACAAACAAGCCGCUGACCGAGAACGAGAUACGGCGCGUCUUUCAGAGUUCGAUCUUCGGCCAGUACUUCGACUCGAAACGUUCGGUUUUCAACAUCGAGUUCGACGCGCAGCACGAGGACGUCUACGUUAACGAAACCAGUCUGACGCCCCAGCUGCUUCUGCUGUACUAUCUGCUGUUGUACGAGGACUGUCGAUUGACCAACGUUCAGGGCCCGAACACUUCGGUGAAGAAAAUUAAAAUUUACAGCGCCGAAUUCAUGUCCGAACUACCGAUUAAGUACCUGCUGCACCACGCGCAAAAGGACCAGGUGUCGUAUUCGGGUCUCUUCGGGCCUCUGUUGAAGCUAUUGGCCACCCACUUCCCUCAUCUGACUCUGGUCGAAGAUUGGCUGGACGAUAUGUCGUUUAAGAGCGGUAGCAAGGCGAGUUACGUGAGCGAGCUGACCGUCGUCGAGGCCUUCAACGCGCUGGAGGUGAACCCAUCGAAAUGCGCGCGGAUGCUGCGCUGCCUUCUUAAGAUGGAGGCGAUCGAUAUGUGGCCGUUUGCUGAGGUCUUCACGCAGUUUGCCAGGAAGAUUUUGGGCAAGGACGUUCCGCGCUACGUUCAGGAUUUGUACAAGGAGGUUUGGUUGAGGUUGAAUACGGUGCUGCCGAGGAGACUGUGGGUGCUCACCGUGAAGAACGUGGUCUGGAACUUGCACGGGCUCGUGCGGAGAGACCUGGCCGACGAUCCACUGCAGGUGAUGCGUUGCGACGAGCGGAUUUUUCGAUGCGCUUCCAUGUACGCCAUCGUAUUGCGAGUGUUGCGCGCGAGCUUGGCGUCUUCGAGAAGUCAGCUGUAUCAGCAUCUGCAGUCGAAUCCGAAACUCGAUCAAAAUGGUCAGGUGGUCGCCGAUUCGGACAGAGAAGAAAUGUGUCGUGCACUGGUCGCAGCACAGGAUAGCGCAGCUGCUCAGAUGCUGUUAGAAACGUGCUUGGAGACGAAAGAAGACUCCGAAACGCCCGGUCAGCUUCUCGCCCUGCAGGAGGUACGCUCCCUCGUCUGCAGCUACCUUCACCAGGUGUUCAUCGUCGAUCCGUCUCUGGCGAAAUUAAUCCACUUCCAGGGUUAUCCGAGCGAGCUUCUCCCAGUAACGGUCCGCGGAAUUCCCUCGGCGCACAUCUGCCUCGACUCCCUGCCCGAGCUGAUGCAGCAGCCGAGCGUCACGAAGCAGAUCUUCGCCAUUCAGCUCCUCUCGCAGCUCUCCCUGCAGUACGCGCUGCCGAAAAGUCUCAACAUUUGCGUGACCGCCCUGAAUCUUCUCUACGCCCUGCUCGGGGCGAUCUCACCGAGACAGCGUGUGAGAUUAUUCAAGGAGAUUCUUCCGGCGCUAACGCAGAUCAGCGAGGCGUUCCCGCCGUUGGCCGAGGACAUCGUUCAGUUUCUGAUACAGCUGUCGCGCGUGGCGCUCUCGCAGGCGUCGCUCGCGUCGUACUUCCACGACCAUCUCACCUGGGACAGCGAGAUAAACGAGAGUGAAACGCGAGAGAUUUCCGAGCUCGCUCAAGUCGUUUUUAACGACAUUAUAACGAGGACUGUUCUGAAAACUAACAUUUAUAACUAGGUAUAAAUAAUAAAAGCGUUUUUGAUUUUUUUUUUUA